CUUUGAGUGUGUGCUAUAACAAAAUACAGACCAGGACAAAGAUUUGAAGAUGUCUGGACGUGGAAAGAAAAAUGCGGUGGCUGGCAGACCUGGAGCUGCACCGAAGAAAACCAAAUCGGCCAAGGCUGGUCUGCAGUUCCCUGUGGGUCGUGUCUACAGGCUCCUGAAGAGAGGGAACUAUGCUGAGAGAAUAGGUCCUGGUGCUGCCAUCUACCUGGCUGCAGUGCUGGAGUACCUGAGCGCUGAGAUCCUGGAGCUGGCAGGAAAUGCUGCACGGGAGAACAAGAAAGCCAGGAUCCUGCCACGGCACAUCCAGCUGGCUGUGCGAAACGAUGAGGAGCUGAACAAGCUGUUUUCUUGUGUGACCAUUGCCCAAGGAGGGGUUAUGCCAAAUAUCCUUUCCCAGCUCCUUCCCAAAAAAACUCUCAAAGAAACUGCUCCUUCCCAGGAGCAACUUGGUAGCCACUGAAACUUGCUUUUCCUGGUCUGAUUUGUGCACUUAAGGAUGAUGGG